AAACUUUCUUCCUUGUGUCGCGUUGCAUAAUUCUUGGUUCGGAGCGGCGGGCCGUUGAUUUUAAAUUUCUAACCUACAAAUUUCGAACGAAUGUUCACCCGGUACACCGUAGCAUAGCAAGACUCGCGACGGAGGAAAGCCGUCCCUUUUUGGGGGUGGAAUCGGAAAAUAAAUAGCCGUGAGGAUGCUGGACCUCUCGACGAUCGGUGUAGCCUUGCGCUGGUGGCUAGUUGGGAGUAGUAGGACCGGCGAGUUCAUUGUUUACACCGGCAUUUCGUUCAUAAAUAUGCUAGUGAAUGCUGUCAAAGGCUUCAAUGCCGUUUGCGUACUGCUUUAUGAGGGAUCCACGCUCUGGCUAAAAGACAUUUACGAUUACUUAUGCGUCGUCCAGGAGAUGAUUCGCAGUGCGUCCGAUUACUCUGUGUACAUCUUGUCCCUCCUCGUUGCAGCUGCUGCAAAGGUUGUCUGGGCUCCAUUUUCGUUAGUAGCUGCAGCCUUGGCUUCGAUACGUGAGCUACUCCUCCUCCUGGGAUCUAGUUGUCUGUUUUUGCUCUCCUUACCACCCUUAUUUUUAUUCUAUCUUGCUGACUCGGUGUUGCAUGCAUUCAAAGUGCUUCGUUCCUUCACUUUGUACAUUGGAGAAAGAUUGACAGAACACGCAGCGGACAUUGAAACACUUGAAGUGCUGACUGGCCUUGUUGUGGGAUGUGGUUUAGUGAUAAUAGCGGUGAAUGGGAUGAGGUUGCUCAUUCACUGGUACUUCAGGUUUAAGACUAGAAUGUACAGAGGCUUGAUAACAUGGGCAGGAACAACAUGGAGAAGAGCCAAAAGAGGAAUGACAAUUACCAGGAGGCGCCGAGGACAAGAAAACUAUAAAUUACAAGAGACUGAACUAUGUAUAGUAUGCUUUGGGAAAGCAAGAUCUGUGUGCCUUUUACCUUGCCGACAUUUGUGCCUUUGCACUAGUUGCACUCAAUUAUUACCCGACCCGUUGCGAUGCCCGUUGUGCAGGCAGCUAGCCGAUGAUCUUAUACAUGUUUACCUUUGAUAUUAAUCCUAUUCAAGCUCAAUUAGAUGUUAAGUUUUAAAGAGAAAAAAUUUACGCGUACUAUUUUUAUGCAAUGGAGUACAAUGAGAGAGUGUGAUGUGAUUUCACUGUGUUCAGAUGUAUAUAAUAUAAAUAUAUUUUAAUAGUGAUAUAUAUGUAUAAUAGAAAUAAAUGACCAAAAUGUAAUUAAUUAAUCAACCACGAUGUUCUUGUUUUCACUUUCUGAGAAUAAAGAAUAUUGUGCAGUAUAAUUCUUUUUGAAUUUUGAAGCUUGCAGUCGGAAUAAAUUGAAAUAUGUAUGAAAUUUUGAACUUCAACAAUAAGGCAAAACAUUUUUUUCCCAAAUGAGUUGCAGUAUUAUGUUACAAAUAAUAUCAUAACGAAUUGAGCAAUUGAAAAAUUUCUUCUUUGUUUGUGUUACAUGUUUAAUUCAAUAAAAUCGUAAUAUCCGUUUAGAAAAAUAUUGUUACAUUCAUGUAAUGAGCCUGAAAGCCUGAAGCAAGUUAUGCAUGCUUCUAUUUUAAAUUUGAAUAGACAGUAAAAACUGUUGAACUAAAACAUACGUACGUAUUUUUCAAGUCGCAUUCAGUACAAAAAUCGUCGGCUAAAAUUCAGUAAAAUACGGCACAUUAAAAUAUCAACUAUAUAAAUUGAUUAUUGAUUUCUAA